AUCAAAGGGGAGGUUACUGAGAAAGGCCCUGUAGGAUUCACUCCCUUUGAUCGAUAUCGAAGUCGCAAUAACAGGCACAACUCUUCAAGUCCUUCAAGUGUUGACUGCAUCCAGCUGAAAGUGCCAGUCAUUCAGCAGUUGUACCACUGGGACUGCGGGCUAGCCUGCUCCAGGAUGGUGCUUCAGUACCUGAAUCGUCUGGACAAUGAUGAAUUUCAGAAAGCCAUCCAGGAACUCCAGUUAACAAAGAGCAUCUGGACUAUUGACCUGGCCUACCUAAUGCGGCACUUCGGUGUUAAGCAUAAAUUUUGCACCCAGACGCUUGGAGUGGACAAGGGCUACAAAAAUCAGUCAUUUUACAGGAAGCACUUUGACACAGAAGAGAAUCGAGUGAAUCAACUUUUUGCGCAAGCCAAAGCCUGCAAGGUGCUGGUGGAGAAGUGCACAGUAACUGUUCAGGACAUCCAAAACCACCUGUCCCAAGGUCACGUAGCCAUCGUCCUAGUGAAUGCAGUCCUGCUAUUGUGUGAUCUUUGCUCAAGUCCUGUCAAAUACUGCUGCUUCCUCCCCAUUGGACAGAAGUGCUUCUGCAGGAAUCCUGACUACCAGGGCCAUUUCAUUGUGUUAUGUGGCUACAACAAAGCCUCAGGGAGUAUUUACUACAACAACCCUGCCUAUGCUGACCGAACGUGCUGCACCAGCAUCAGUAACUUUGAGGAAGCCAGGACGAGUUACGGCACUGAUGAAGAUAUUCUGUUCAUCUACACAGACAGCUGACAUCCACACCUGAUGCUUCUGGUCCUUUCCUGUGCAGCCCGCGUGGCAGCUGGCUGCUUGUCUCAGGACUCCCCCUGCAGAGACCUUGCUCCUGAAUUGCAGUGGGAUCUUAAACAAGGGAGGCUUUAUAGACAUUGAUAGGACUAUAUUGCAAUGCUGUCUUUUCUUUUUUUCUUCCUGAUGAUGUAUCUGAUUUUGC